AUGUCAAAGGUUGCCCCUGUAAUUGCGCUAUCCCACGGUGGUGGUCCCAUGCCUGUUCUUGGCGACCCCAAGCAUGAAAGCAUUGUCUACUCCUUAAAGAACCGCGUCCCCAAGAUCCUCAAGCUUGGUACCCCAGAUCAACCCCGAGCCAUCAUCCUUGUCACCGCCCACUGGUCAACUCCAAAGCCCACUAUCUCAUCAGGCGCAUCCCAUAAACUUCUCUACGAUUACUACGGGUUCCCUCGUGAAUCAUACUCUCUCAAGUACCCAGCACCCGGACACCCAGAGAUCGCAAACGAGAUCGCCGAUGCUCUGCGUGGAGAAGGCCUUACACCUGAAUUGGAUGACGAGCGAGGAUGGGACCACGGAGUUUUUAUUCCGCUUCUGCUCGUCCACCCCAAAGCCGACAUCCCCGUAGUCCAGGUCUCAGUUCUCGAGUCAGAGGAUCCUGAGGAACAUCUCCGUAUGGGCGCAGCACUGCGAAAAUUGCGAGCCAAUAAUAUCGCCGUCGUUGGCUCAGGAUUCGCAAGCUUUCACAACAUUCGCGCCAUGAUGAUGUUGGGUAGUUCGGGGCCUGAACAGCAAGCGCAAUUCCGAACCUUGUCUGAUGAAUGGAACAACACAUUGACUGAGGCGACGCUCAAGAAGGAUACAGAUGAGCGGUGGAAGGCUCUCAAAGGGUGGAGAAAAUUCCCAUAUGCUGACAUGAUGCACCCUCCUAAUGGGGGAGAGCACUUUAUGCCAUUGCUUGUGUGCGCGGGAGCAGCAAGGGAGGGAGAGGAGACGAGAAAGUACAAUGAUGAAACUGGGAUUCGGUCGUUGUCCUGCCGUUUAAAUACAUCCAACGCUGCAAAGCAUCUCCCACGCUUCACUGCCCCUCCACAACCCUGCACACAACCUCACAUUCGCACACUUACACCUUCACCACUACAAAAGCUCUAUACCACAGCAAGCAGCAUGGGCCAACAUUACAAGCCCACAAUCGACGCACAAGUCGUCAAAGUCUUUGUUCUCGAAACUGAUACUCCUCAUCCUCACACCCAGACCGAGCACGGUUCGUUUGGUGAGAUUCUGCAUCGCCAUUUUUCAGAGGCCGGCAGCAAACAUCAUCCUCCGCUGGGCGUUGAGACAGAGCAGGUCUUUGUCGUGACAGAAGAGGGCGGCCGCAUGCCCAAGGUGGAGGAGUUUGAGGGUUACGAUGGACUGCUCAUUACGGGCAGUAUGUAUGACGCGCAUGGCGACAACCAGUGGAUUCAUGACUUGCUCGAUCUUUUGAAGCAAUUAUGGAUAAAGCGCCCCGACUUUCACUUCACAGGCGUUUGCUUUGGCCACCAGGUUCUCUCCCGUUUACUAGGAGGCAAAGUUGGCCCGUCUCCUACAAACGACUGGGAACUUGGCCACAAUGCAAUCACCCUCACACCCGUAGGCAAGCGCCUGUUCCGUACACAAGAUGACAAAGUCUACCUCCAUCAAAUGCACCAAGACCAAGUCCUCGAAGCCCCCACGGUUGAGUCAUCAAACGGCCUUCUCGAGCCAGACACCGAUGUCCAUGUCUGGGGUACGAGUAAUCACACAUCCAUUCAGGGAUUGUACAUCCCCAACCGACUAUUCACAUCACAGGCGCAUCUGGCGUUUGACGAGGACAUGGUCAAGAGACAGAUUCAGAUGAGAAUUGAUAGUGGUGGGAUUAAGGAUCUAGAGCAUGCGGAUCGAGCGGCUGAGACGGCGGAUCUGGACCAUGAUGGACAGCAGGUUGCGUCAGCGAUUCUGAGGUUGUUUAGGUACGACAAUGAUGGUAUGUCGUGGGACUGA